CAUUUUUCAAAAAAGAUGGCAGCGUUGCAGCAAAUUGUGGAAAACAAUGAACGCGCUUCAGCGUUGGUUGACUCCCUUAAGUCAGAGAUGGCCGGGAUCCAAAGUCAGCUCGUGCUCCGCAAGAAACAAGAGCUAAUCAAGGAAAACGCCUCACUUGAAAAAGAAAUCGAAGCGGCUCUGGCACAGCUAGUGCAACUCGAACUACGAAAUGGCAAGCAGCAGAUAUUGGUCCCAGGCUCCCGAGAAUUCUGCACCGAUGCCGCGGCAGAAGCUGGCUCCAAGCCGGCAGCAGCUGCCCCUUCAAAUGGACCCGCAAGUGAAGCGAAAGCACCUUCCGCUCCACAAAAGGAGAAAAAGGUGAAGGAAAAGAAACCUGCUGCCGAGAAGCCCACUCCUGUCGCCGAGGCUCCAGUUGAUGUCGGCCGCUUGGAUCUGCGCGUGGGAAAGAUUAUUGAGGUGGGACGUCACCCCGAUGCGGAUAGCUUGUAUCUAGAAAAGAUUGACUGUGGCGAAGCCGCCCCACGCACGGUCGUCUCCGGCCUGGUCAAGUUUGUGCCGCUGGAGGAGAUGCAAAACCGUAUGGUUGUGGUAAUGUGCAAUCUGAAACCGGCUAAAAUGCGUGGCGUGACCUCAGAGGCCAUGGUGAUGUGUGCAUCGACACCGGACAAAGUGGAAGUGUUGAGCCCACCUGCAGGCGCAGUUCCCGGCGAUCUGGUUCACUGCGAGGGAUACACACGGCAGCCGGAUGCUCAGCUAAAUCCUAAGAAGAAGAUCUUCGAAACAUGUGCUCCUGACCUAAUGACCAAUGCCGACCUGGUGGCAUGCUACAAGGGCUCAGCUCUGCAUGUUCCUGGCAAGGGCAAUGUUGUAUCUCAAUCCCUGAAAAACGUCAAUGUGAAGUAAACCAAUAAACGAACAUAUUCUGACA